AUGGUAACAAUAAAUUCAGAAUUAGAACAUUUACCACAUAUUGAUGAAAAUAUUAGUCCAGAAGAAAGGGCUCAAAUUGAAUAUUUAAUAAGAUUAGAAUUAGCUAAUCAAUUUAAUAAUAAUAUGAAUAAUUUUGCUCAUCAUUCACCUCAAGAUCAACAACAUUUAAAUAUACUACAUCCAUCGCUACAUCAUCUGAAUCCUUUAAAUAAUCAUCCUCAAGGCACAAAUAUACUAAAUCGUCAACAAACACCACAAGAUAUUAUUAAUGAUCCAAUAAAUAGAUUAACUCCACAAUUACAUCACCAACAACAACAACAAUUUCUAGAUAUAGAUUUAAAUAAUUUACCAAUACAUCCAAUGGUUGAUAGAUUAUUAACACCUACAAAUACUUUACCAUCUAAUAGUUUAUUGAAUAUGAGUAUACAACAUUAUGAAGAAGAAGAAUUGGAAGAAGAUGAUGAUAUGGAUGAAGAUGAUACUAAUAUUGUUGGUGGAGAAAACAUACAACAACAACAACAACAACAACAACAGCAACAACAACAACAACAACAACAACAAAAAGGAAUUGAUUUAAAUAAAUAUACAAAUUUUAAUAUGAAAUCUCCAUUAGAAGGUACAUCAAUACAAAUUGAAAAUAAUGAUAUAAAUAAUAAUAUAAAUUAUAAUAAUUUAUAUACUACAUUAAGUCAUGCAUCAAUUCAACAAAGAAAUUUAAAUUUGUUAAUAAAUAAUAAAAAGGAUUUAGAAAAAUCUCAACAAUUACAUUUAAAUCAAUUAAAAGAAAUAAAUGAAAAUUUAAAUAUAAAUUUAACCAAAAAAAGAUCAAUGAUUGAUGAAUUACAAAAUGAUGAAAAUUUAAAUUUAAAAAGACAUAAGUUACUAAAUCAACAGCAAUCAGAAAAACAAAAUUUAGAUCAACAAUGGAAAAAUAGUAUAAAUACCGCAUUAGAAUUAAAUAUUCAAGCAGCUACUGCAGCUACUGGUCCAAGUGGUAUAACGAAUACAAACAAUCAUGGUUCUCCUGUUGUUGCUUCCGCUUCUGCUUCGAUUGUUGAUUUCGAGUAUGACGAAUAA